UGAGAAUGACGCAGACCCUCAAGUGCUUGAAGGCAGUGCGAAGAACGUUUUGUGCCUUGGCAGGAAUCUGUGUUAGCGAGACCGCAGCCGUUCACUGCAGCUCGCUGGGCGCUGGCUGUCGGGGAGGUACACCGGGAGCUAGACGACACAUCUCUAUGGUCAAGUAAACAUAGAGCGGGCCUCUCUUCCCCCACGUGGUGGGCCUGCGCAUGAGCAGUAGCCGCAGCUUCGGAAACAUGGCGGAGGAAGAGCAAAGAAAAAAGAUCCCAUUGGUUCCAGAAAAUCUCCUGAAAAAGAGGAAGGCUUAUCAGGCCCUUAAAGCCACUCAAGCAAAGCAGGCACUUUUGGACAAGAGGGAGCAGAAGAAAGGAAAACAGCUCAAGUUCAAGCGACUGGAAUGGUUUCUACAUGACUCCUGGCGGCAGCAACGUGACAGGGUGCGCCUCAGACGACUAGAAGUGAAACCUCGUGGCCUGGAAGUGCCAGAUAAACAUUCCUUGGCCUUUGUUGUCCGCAUCCAAAGGAUUAAUGGGGUGAGUUCACUGGUGCAGAGGACCAUGGCAAGGCUUCGCCUGAAGAAGAUUUUCAGUGGUGUUUUUUUCAGAGUGACCCCCCAGACCAUAAAAACGCUGCGUGUAGUGGAACCUUACGUGACCUGGGGAUUUCCAAAUCUGAAGUCUGUCCGGGAGCUCAUCUUGAAACGUGGACAAGCCAAGGUCAAGAAUAAAACCAUCCCUUUGACGGACAACACAGUGAUUGAGGAGCACCUGGGGAAGUAUGGUGUUAUUUGCUUGGAAGACCUCAUUCAUGAAAUCGCCUUUCCGGGGAAGAAUUUCCAGGAGAUCUCUGCAUUCUUACGUCCUUUCCAUCUCUCAGUGGCCCGUCAUGCUACCAAGAAUAGAGUGGGCUUCCUCAAGGAAGUGGGCUUACCUGGCUAUCGAGGUGAACGCAUCAAUCAGCUCAUUCGGCAGCUGAAUUAAACCCAGAAUAUCUGAAAGCACAGCGCAUUGGUGGCAUGUGUUUUGUCUUUUGGAAUGGUUACCGGUAUCUUCGAAGAAGAUUAUUUUCUCUUGUAUCUUCAGAAACUAGAGAGAGGGUCAAGGAAAAGAUGAUGAUGCUCCUGGCAAGCACUUGUCAUCACAGCCCAGUUCCAAGGGAAAGUUCCAGUGUGUUUUCCACAUUAGCUGCCCCUACCUCCUCUGAAGUCAGCGGAGGACUCCUGCCACGGAAGAGGGAGUCCUGCUGUGUCGCAUCGUCUAUCUUGGGGUUUAAAGUUGGUGAACGAAUACCCAAGCAUGAAUACAAGACAGCAGUGGACCAAGUGCAGGGACGUACUUAAACCUGGGGGCUCCAGGGGCCUUGUUUUGGAAGGAACUUGAAAUAUAAUUACAAAGAAGAGCACAAAAACAGUGCUCAGUUGUCUCUGCCGUGAGUCCAUGUUCUCACUCUUCAGUGACAGCUUUGCAAGUUCUCAGACUUGGCUGGCGCUGAUGUGUAUCUGGUGGCUUCCUUAGCCUAGCCUGCGAUUGGCUUAGUCCUUUUCUUGAGCUCGGGAUCUUAACUUACUCUUGGGUCUGUGAGAAGGGAAGGACCCUUUUCCCAGGAAAAUACACUCAAAUUUUUGCUUGGAAGUUUCUCUGUUCAUAGGCUUUUCUUAGGGACUCAUGUACCUUAUGUGAGGAAGUCCUGCACUACCUGGAUUGGUCACCUGGGCCCUGACCUUGUUAGUCUCCUCUGGUCCCUUAUCCUUUGGAAGACCAAAGUUUACCAAGAUAGCUUUUUCCCUUGGAGCCAAUUGGGUGUUUCCUGUUAGGAACGGAGUGGUAGAUUCCUGAGUCCCCGGUACCAUCUGGGAAAUGCCCACCAUUUAUUUCUGCUGGGCUUCAGGAUGGGAUUUUCUUGGUUUGGCAUGGAUGAAAUUAGUACUGUUAGGUCUUUUUAGGCUCCACGAAGGCUUAAUUGGACCCUCUCCUCGCAUAGUCUGUCCUCCGAAAGUAUUGCUGUCUGCCCCACUGGUAACAAUGUUAGUAGACCAACACUGGGGCUUCCAGGGACCUGAGACCUAAAAAGGGAUCUGAUCCUGCUUGUGUUUAUCAUCUGUGCCCCCGUCCUAGGUGGGCCUUCCUCUGCUCCUGUCACUAUGUUGCCUCAGUUGCCAUCUGAGUAGUUGGUGAGGAUGUGCCAGGUACAGGUUAAGACUUGAAAACAUGCUUAACCGUUGUGCGCCCUGCUCCCUUCAGCUCAGCUCUGCGGCACUUCUGGCUCAUGGGGCCCUCAAACAUAGCUGUGAGGUCGAGUUAGAAGUAGAACAACGCCUUACAACGUGCCAGGUUGGGGGGUAAUUAAUCAGGUUUGGUUGGCUUAAGAGUUCACCUGCCAGGAAUAGAUGUUAGAGCUUACACUUAAACUUUAAAGCAUUGUGAAAUCGAAUUACUUGAAAAUGACGUUAUCAGAAAGCCAUGGGAAAAGAGCAUUUGUGAGUGCCUAAGCCCAGGGUUUCUAUUGUGGAUCUGUUUUAUACUAAAUACAGGAAUAAUGUUCCCAUUCUUGCCUGCAGAAUGGGGCUAUCUAGGCUAACCUGUGUGCCUAACUCAACACAGUUGUUCAAAGGAUUAAGCAAAAGAACAGUUUUUAACUUAGAAUUUAAUGGAAAUAAAUAAGUUAUAAAAAUUAA